AUCAUACAAAAAACGAGGCGCGGAGAAGCGGGAUUUUAGAAAGACUUUCCCCCGGAAAGUAAAAAAGACGGAGCACAGUUCACAGGCAAAGAGAAAAAUAACCCUAGCACUAUUCCCAACAUCUCGAACAUAGCAUCAAUUUUGAGUUUUCUGAGGUGGUAUAGCAAUGGGGCAGCAAAGGCCGUCUACGCGAGGUAAAAAUAAGAGAAACCGAGCUGAUGAAAAUGCUGACGCCAUUGCUGAAAUUUUCAGGAAAGUCAUGAAGGCUAGACAGGUGACCGGAGAUGACAUAACUCAGCUCUACAUGUUAUGGAAGCCAGUUUGUCAAGGUUGCCGUGUCAACAGUAAAGACAAUCCCAAUUGCUUUUGUGGUUUAAUUCCACCACCAAAUGGAAGCCGAAAAAGUGGUUUGUGGCAGAAGACAUCUGAAAUUGUCCAUUCCAUUGGUUAUGAUCCAUCUGAUCACCUUCGUGCAUCCCCAGACACACCUGCAGGACUCACUAACCUUGGUGCCACAUGCUAUGCAAACAGCAUUCUCCAAUGCCUAUACAUGAAUAGAUCAUUCAGGGAAGGUGUUUUCUCAGUUGAACCUGAUGUAUUGAAAGGAUAUCCAGUAUUGGAUCAGCUUGCUCAGCUUUUUGCUAAGUUACACUUGAGCAACAUAGCUGUUGUUGAUUCUGCUCCAUUUAUCCGGACUCUCGAGCUUGAUGACAGUGUUCAGCAGGAUAGUCAUGAGUUCCUGACAUUGCUUUAUUCUUUGCUUGAACAAUGCCUGAGACACUCUAAAGUAGACAAGGCUCGAACUGUUGUUCAAGAUCUUUUCCGUGGAGGCGUCUCACAUGUCACAAUGUGCUCAUGUUGUGGAAAUGAAUCAGAAGCUUCAUCAAAAAUAGAGGACUUCUAUGAGCUGGAGUUGAAUGUUAAGGGCUUGAAGAAUUUAGAGGAGAGCUUGGAUGAGUAUCUUAGCAUAGAGAAACUUGAAGGUGAUAACCAGUAUUACUGUGAGUCAUGUGCUACUCGAGUCAAUGCUACUCGUAGCAUCAAACUGCGUUCUCUCCCUGCAGUCCUUAAUUUCCAGCUCAAGCGCUGCAUUUUCCUACCAAAUACUACCAAAAAGAAGAAGAUCACUACUGCAUUUUCUUUUCCUGAAGAGUUGGACAUGACACAAAGAAUAUCUGAUCAUUUGCAACCAGAUUUAGUGUAUGAUUUGUCGGCCAUAUUGAUCCACAAGGGCCCUGCAGUACAUAGCGGCCACUACAUAGCACUUCUUAAAAAUGAGAAAACAGGGCAGUGGUGGGAAUUUGAUGAUGAACAAGUUUCACACUUAGGUUCUGAACCAUUUGGGAGAGGCUCCUCAAAUUCUGCUGUAAAGCCUGCUCAAUCUGAGUCCACUGUACACACAUCCUCCUCUGAACAAAUUAAUGCUUCCUCAAAUUGCAAAAAUCUGAAUAGUCAGCAUAGAUCAUCAGAGAGUAAUGUUGUCAGUAGUGGUAAGGUAUUUUCUUCAAAUGAUGCAUACAUGCUGAUGUAUGCUCUUAGGACUACGCAGAAUAUUAAUGAGGCAACCGAUAAUGAUAUUCCGGGAGAAAAAAUGAAGGGAAGUUCUUUUGAAUCUCCUUCGAGAACUGAUAGUCCUCUUCCAUCCCAUCUUCAUCAAGAGGUUGAACAAGCAAAUGCUUCAUAUCUUUAUUCAUGCAAUCGAUAUAAAGAAAAAAAAGAGAGUGAACUGAAGUGUAUCUCUGAGCGGCGGCAGGAGGUGCGCUCCAUUCUUUCUGAAGCCCCAGUUCAACCAAGCGAAAAUCCAUUUUUUUGGAUUUCUACAGAAUGGCUUCGCCAAUGGGCUGAUAGCAUCACACCACCAGAAAUAGACAACAGCGUCAUACAAUGCAAGCAUGGGAAAGUGCCAGCUUCAAUGGUGAACUCAAUGAAGAGGCUGUCAGAAGUAGCUUGGACCAAGCUAUUGUCUAAGUACGGUGGAGGUCCAACACUGGCAAAGGAUGACCAUUGUGCUGACUGCAUCAUUUUAAUGGCUCAGACAAUGGCUCGUGCAAAUAACUAUAGGGAUCAAACAACAUUCAUGAAAGAAAUUGCAGAGGAAGCCCUUUCCGGGAAGUGCCUCAAUGAGAAACUGUUCUAUAUAUCCAAGUCUUGGCUGCACCAGUGGUUACGGAGAAAGAAUGCUGACUGUCCAUGUGAAGCUGAUGCUGGGCCAACUGCAUCUAUUAGAUGUCCCCACGGGGAACUUUUGCCUGAACCAGCUCCUGGUGCUCGUCGUGUACUGAUUCCCGAGAACCUGUGGAACUUUAUUCACGAGACUGCCAUGGCUGUCAAACCUGAUGAUACCUUGGGUUCUUCAACUUUCCUUUCAGACUCGGUGGUCUGUACUCAAUGCAGUGUUGAACUUUCAGAGCAUGCAUGCUUCGAAGAUAACCUCAGAGAGUUCAGAAUGAAACAAAAACAAAGUCAUGAGCGAUUAGCAUCUGCUAAAAGUAUAACAAUUGAUCUGAGCAACAAGUACUAUUUGUUGCCCUCUCAUUGGCUGUCAAAAUGGAGAAAUUAUGUUAGUGCAGGUGGGAAGAGUUGUUCUGCUGAUCUUGAAACCUUAGGUCCAACCAUGAAUUCACUCAUAUGUGGAAAGCAUUCAAGACUUCUUGAAAGGCCUCCUGAGCUCAUUUGUAAGCGUGGUGUCAUUCUUCAGAAAUCACCUGCUACAGAUAGAUUGACCAUUAUCACUGAGAAUGACUGGAAACUAUUUUGUCAAGACUGGGGUGGUCUAGAUGAGAGAGGAAUUGUAGCUGAAAUUGCUUACUUGGAGGACGCUUCUAUUAUAUUCUGUGAUGAUAUACAGUUAUCAGAAGAUCCUAUGAGUGUAGAGGGUGAACAUAAUAUUAGGACUGAAUCCAGAAAACCUACCAUUAAGACUUCGCCGAAGGUUUGUGAGGAGUGCAUAGGUGAAAAAGCAAGCAGCGAGUUGAUGAAAAAACUGAAUUAUUGCAAUGAGGACAUAUCGGUCUGUUUCAUUCAGGGCAAGGAACCUCCUAAAUCAAUUUUAGAAGCACCAGUGAACAAUUUCGAGCCAAAUCGGCGAACCUCAAAGCGGUCCAGGAAGGCGUCAUUUGGUAACUCAGUUAAAUUAAAUGUUUCCGGAACCACAUCAAUCUACGAACUGAGGUUGAUGAUAUGGGAAGCGUUUGGGGUUGUGAAAGAAAACCAGGUACUUCACAAGGGCACCAGUGUAAUAGAUGCAGAAUCUGCAUCCCUUGCUGAUUUGGAUAUAUUUCCUGGAGAUGUUCUGUGGGUGACUGAUUCAGAGAUCCAUGAGAACCGUGAUAUUGCUGAUGAGCUUUCUGAUCACAAGAUGGAGGAGACUGAGGAAGGUUUUCGCGGAACACUUCUGACAUCAAGUGUAUCUUCCCAGGUUUCAGAAGCAUGUUCUUGAUUCUGGAUUGCAAAAAAGAAAGUGGAAGGUGUUUGACAGUGGCUAGCGUGCAUGGAUAUAAAGUGUUCAUGUUUUUUUGCUGGGUGUAUUUAUGGGUUUUUUGCGAACUUUAACCUCACUUAUGCGCUUAGCAAUGUUUUGGUCGCCCGAUAAAAUGCCGGUAGGUGUACAAUGGAAAGGGCAGGGACUUUUGAGAGCUGGGAAGGACAAGUUUUUGUAAAUCAACUCCUCUCUCCCUCAGUGUUUUGCUUGUCAAUAUUGUUGUAAAUGAUGUGCUUGUGGUUUGAUGGUUCAUAUACAAGUGGUUAUGCCCUAUAUCGGUGCAUCUGUAUGCUAGUUCCUCUGGUAUAAUCUUUUAUUUUUGAAACGGAUAAAACGUCACUUUGUAUCAGAAAUGUUCACGUACAGAAAUUCGGUGGUUUUGACCCGUCUAUUGUGGGCCCCCCACCUGUGGACUGUGGACUGUGGACUGUGGAGGGCAUGGGACUAUGGGAAUCUGAGAGGUGGAGACCUCACUAUCUUUUGUGAAUGUGUAACAGUGUAUGUAUGGUUAAUUGGUUAUAGAGAUUGUCAACCUUGGUCUAUAGUUGGUCAUGUGAUUUAUUCUUUAUUUUGCUUUUAUCCAAACAAUUGGGCUCCUUUUUCAGACAUGAUAUUUAACGUCAAUUAAAAACCAUUUUUAGUA